AUGGUAAAUAACAUGGAUAGCGAUGAUUCCGAGAUCGAAACGAUUGAUACAAAUUCGACUGAUUCGACAGAUAGAUUUUCUGAGAGUGAUUGUGACAGGACAACAGUGAACAGUGCAACGACAGCAACGAAAACAAUCACUUUGCAGAUGAACGCUACAGGAUCAUCUCAUGAAACGCACUGUGUAUGUCGGUCUCAUCUCGUCGUAGGUUCGGUCGUUGUUCCUUUGGAAGAUCGAGAUGUCGUGUUUUUCGCGCGCAACAUAUGGAUACCUGAAGGAGCGAGAUGUUGUUCACAUCACAUUAUCGACAAAAGAUUGUCAAGAGGAGCAGUCGAUUUGAUCAAGCCAAUGUCGAUUCGUUACCAAGAGUGGAACUCAAGCCAAAUCGAAACACUCUUAGAAAAGUUUCGCACUCUUUACAAUGGGAAAAAACGCUUCAACUUCGACGAUCCAUGGGACUUAUCUGAUGGCUUAUGUUCGACUUACCCGACAAGAGAACGGUUUCUCGAGUCAUCAACAACAGCGCAUCAUCGACCAGCACACAACAACGAUAUCGCAAUAGUUGAUGUGCGAUGGUGGCAAGGACACCGCUAUUCUCGUUUUGGAUGGAACUUACAUCUACAUUCGAAAGUAUCAGAACAAUGCGUUCCAGUGAAAGUCAUUCAAUACUCACAAGAAGCGGUCUCUACUGAAACCAAUGAUGAUCGUAUCAACGACUGGUUAUAUCGUGGCAUGCAUUGGUUCUUUCCUCUCCGAUUUCUCCCACAACGAUGCUUCGAUAAUCAAGAACGUUCUUCUCGAAAACAUGGACAAGAUGUUGGAAUGGAUUGA